AUGGCCACCACCUCACUUCCCAGCCUCCAGGCCUUUGUGGCGGAGCUUGGGCUCGGACCUGUGCCUUUCUUUGCAUCAGCUGACGUCCUCACCGACCCCAUGGAUCUGUGUCACUCUUAUCUUGCGGAACAUUUUCAGCGGCUUGUGGAAGCUGAUCCAGAAUCUGUUUACAAGGCUAUCCAGCCUCCAAGCACAAUUCAGGACGGUGACUUAGACAUCGUCUUGCCUCGCCUGAAACUACCUGGUGGCCGCCCAAAAGAGUUAGCUGGCGAACUUCUCAUACAGAUCCAACCUCAUGCCCUCUUCGGAGUUCCCUUCCAGGAUGGCAUCCAUAUUCGAUUCUUUCUCUCCCCCAAAAUCAUCCCGCGACUCUUCCUUCCCUAUAUCAGCGACCGCAAACCUACAUACGGCAUUGAAAAACCUCGGAGCUUGCGAGAUGAUCCCGAGUCUAGACGCAAGAAGGUUGUCGUCGAGUUUUCCUCUCCAAACAUAGCACAAGAUUUCACGGCUGGUCACCUACGAAGCACAAUACUUGGCGCUUUCGUGGCAAAUAUGUACGAGGCAGUGGGUUGGGAUGUGGUCAGGAUAAACUUCUUGGGAGAUUGGGGCAAACAUCUUGGCCUGCUCGGUUUGGGCUGGCAGAAAUACGACUCCGCACAUAAGGUCGACGACCAGACAAAUCUCUUCAGAUAUAUCCAUGACUUGUACAACAAGAUGGAAGAGGAGCUACGGCCUGAACUAGAAGCUAGAAAGAACGCGCGAGAUACUGGGCAAGAUGCAACGAUUCUUGAGCUCGAGGGAUUAUUCGCAGAAAGAGAUGCCACUUUCAAAGGGAUGGAGGACGGUGAGCCGGGUGCAAUUGCCUUGUGGAAGAAACUUCGAGACAUCACCGUCGAAUAUUAUGUAGAGACGUACGGGCGACUGAACCUCAAGUUUGACGAAUACUCGGGCGAAUCCGAAGUGAGUCUGAACCCGGAAGCUGUGGUCGAAGUCGCGGCCAUAUUGGAAUCCAGAGGCAUUUAUGAGGAGCAAGAUGGGGCUUGGGUUAUCGAUUACGAGAAAUACGGCACAAAACUGGACAAGGGUAUCGUUCGAGGUCGGAAUGGUUCUACGACUUAUUUGCUAAGAGACAUUGCUACGGUAUUUGAUCGACUCAAACGACACUCAUUUGACAAGAUGAUCUACGUAGUCUGUGAACAGGAUGUGCACUUUCGACAAGUUUUCAGAGCCGUUGAGCUCAUGGGCCAUCCUGAUAUCGCGGACAAGUUAGAACACAUCACUUUUGCAAAGGCUAGCCGACGAUCAUCCCACCUAGGUGAUGCCCAACUCCUGGGUGAUAUUCUCGACCAGCGUGAGGACUUCAUGCGAGAAGUUGUGGGCACUGGCCCCGAUGAGUAUCACAUCGAAGGCGGCGACGCCGUUGCAAAAGCAAUGGGAGUGAGCUCCUUGGUCGUGCAAGAGCUACGUUCCAAAAAAGGCCAUGGUAACAAUACCGAUCUCAGCCUCUUGGCAUUGGAAGGCGAGACGGGGCCGGACUUGCUGCGCUGCCAUGCAAGGCUGUGCUCAGCGCUUGCUGGUAUUGGAGUGAACUUGAAGCUGGAAGAAAUUCCCCACAUCGAUUACUCAUCAUUGUGGGCACCUCCGUGGUGUGAUCUGCUCCGAUUGAUGGCUCGGUACCCAGGAAUUAUCAAGUCCGCCUUUCAUACCAUGGAUCCCGCAACGAUUCUUACAUACCUUUUCCAGAUGGUGGAGGAGAUCACUUCCUGUCUCGAGGAGGCCGAAGAAGACGAGUCUGGGGGAGAGGGAUCCAGUGUAGGAUCGAAGUAUGCCGCUCGAUCUGUGCUGUAUGAUAGUGCCAGACAGACACUGGAAAACGGGAUGAAGCUGCUUGGGAUCACUCCGAUUAUCAAUUGA